AUGCUUCGCUUACGCCUAUGCCUAUGGGUUUCUCCCGUUAGAAGAUUUACGUUUCAACAGAGAUGCGUCCAUGAUGUCUCCACUUCUUCUCUGCUUUUCGCCGCAUCGAUUCCGAGCCUUCGCCUCUUAAGUAACUGCAAGAGCAUUGAUUCACUGCGGCAAGCUCACGGCAUCUUAACGGGGAAUGGACUCAUGUCUGACAUCUCGUGUGCCACUAAGCUCGUGAGUCUCUACGGCUCCUUUGGGUACACUAAAGAUGCACGCUUGGUGUUCGAUCAAAUUCCCGAACCAGAUUUCUAUUUAUGGAAAGUCAUGCUCAGCUGUUAUCACCAGAACAGAGAGAGUCUCCAAGUCUUAAAGCUUUAUUCUUUGAUGAGGAAACACGGUUACGACAACAUUGUUUUCUCCAUAGCUUUGAAAGCGUGUACUGAGAUGCAGGAUUUGGAUAACGGGAAGAUGAUACAUUGUGACAUUUUUAAGAUGCCACGUUGUGAUGAUAUUGUGUUGACAGGUCUUGUAGAUAUGUACGCUAAGUGUGGAGAGAUCAAUAGUUCUAGCAGAGUGUUUGAAGGUGUUACCUUGAGGAAUGUGGUUUCUUGGACUUCGAUGAUUGCUGGGUAUGUGAAGAACGGCUUGCACGAGGAAGGGUUGGUUAUGUUUAAUCGGAUGAGGGGAAACUCUGUUUUGGGUAAUGAAGUUACGUACGGUACUCUUGUCACGGCGUGCGCGAAGCUCGGUGCUUUACAUCAAGGGAAGUGGUUUCACGGUUGUUUGAUCAAGAGUGGGAUUGAGUUGGGAUCAUGCUUGGUGACGUCUCUGUUAGAUAUGUAUGUCAAGUGUGGUGAUAUAAGCAAUGCGCGUCGAGUCUUUGAUGACUAUUCUCAUGUGGAUCUCGUCAUGUGGACGGCUAUGAUUGUGGGAUACACUCAUAACGGAAGUGCCGACGAGGCUUUGAGCUUGUUUCAGAAAAUGAAAGGAGUUGGAAUCAAGCCUAACUGUGUUACCAUUGCAAGUGUUUUUUCAGGUUGUGGUCUGGUUGGGAAUCUUGAACUGGGAAGAUUAGUUCAUGGCCUAUCCAUCAAAGCUGGUCUUUGGGAUACAAACGUUGCAAAUGCUCUGGUUCACAUGUAUGCCAAGUGUUAUCAGAAUGAAGAAGCUAUGUAUGUGUUUGAAAUGGAGUCGGAGAAAGAUUUAGUUGCUUGGAAUUCUAUAAUUUCAGGUUUUUCGCAAAACGGAUCUGUCCAUGAAGCUUUGUUUCUGUUCCACCGCAUGGUUUCAGAGUCUGUGACGCCUAAUGGUGUAACGGUUGCGAGUCUCUUCUCAGCCUGUGCUUCCCUCGGGUCUCUACCCAUAGGUUCCUCUCUUCAUGCUUAUUCCCUGAAACUGGGCUUCUUGGCAUCAUCAAGUGUCCAUGUUGGUACUGCCCUCUUGGACUUCUACGCCAAAUGUGGAGAUGCUGAAUCUGCACGCACUGUUUUCGAUACCAUAGAGGAGAAAAACACAAUCACAUGGAGUGCUAUGAUCGGAGGCUACGGAAAGCAAGGGGACAGAGAAGGUUCGAUUGAGCUAUUCGAAGAGAUGCUGAAGAAGGAACAAAAGCCGAACGAGUCAACCUUCACAUCUAUUCUAUCAGCUUGUAGUCACACGGGGAUGGUUAAUGAAGGGAAGAAGUACUUCAGCGCAAUGCACAAAGACUACAACUUCACGCCUUCCGCAAAGCACUACACAUGUAUGGUUGAUAUGCUGGCACGAGCAGGUGAGCUUGAGCAAGCCUUAGAUGUGAUCGAGAAGAUGCCUAUUCAACCAGACGUGAGAUGUUUUGCGGCGUUUCUCCAUGGAUGUGGGAUGCAUUCAAGAUUUGAUCUCGGGGAGAUUGUGAUCAAGAAGAUGCUUGAUUUGGGUCCUGAUGAUGCAUCUUAUUAUGUCCUUGUGUCUAAUUUGUAUGCGUUGGAUGGAAGGUGGAGCCAGGCUAAAGAAGUGAGGAAUCUGAUGAAGCAUAGAGGUCUGAGCAAGGUCGCAGGAUAUAGCACAAUGGAAACAGAGUUGUCUCAUGGCUUUUGUGGAUAAACAAAGAAUCAUAUAUAAACACAAAAGCAUUCUUGGAUUAAGUCGAUUGUUUUAGUGUACAGAGCAAGAAAAGUUGUUAUUAAACAGCUCUGAGCUAUGCUAAGAUUCUUGCUCUGUUGUGUGGUCUGAGCUUGAAUCUGUGAUAGUGAAGGCCACUUUCAUCUUAAUCCUCAUCUUUUGAAUCAAAGGGAACUUCAUGCCGAGGUUUGUUGUACUUCUCACGCAGCUGUUGGAUUGGAAUGAAAUCUCCAGCUGUAUCCGCACCAUAGAAGAGGAAAGAAAUGUAUGGAUGAUCAAACCUUUCCUGCAGAAGCCACACAAACAUGAAUAAAAAAAAACAUUGAAUGGAGAUGGGAUUAUCCACAGUCUGCUCACUUUGUCCGGUUUCUCUGGAGCUAAUAGAUUGUCUUCAGGAACUGCAAUAUCAGAUCCAUUGUCAGGUGAUAAUGAGAGUACAUCAGGACUCGAAUACUGGACUCGAAUACUUGGAGCUUACCGUAUGCCACUAGUAGAUCAGGAUGGGUGCGAACAUCCACAAGAACCUGCUAGACACAAGCAGUCUUAGAUUGUUUAUAUGUAUUUGUAUAUGCUCCAGAUAUUAGUGUCAGCUUCUUUUUCCUAUCAACAUAAGUCUUAAUGAA